AUGCGACGUUUCUACUGGACCGAGCUGAGUGGCCCUUCUAAAGAGGACUAUAUUCUGACAUUAGCACCCAAAAAGGCAAAGAAGCGGGCAGAAGGAGCCAAUUCAAAUGUCUUCUCCAUGUUUGAACAAAUACAGAUCCAGGAGUUCAAAGAGGCUUUCACAAUCAUGGACCAGAACAGAGACGGCUUUAUCGACAAGAAUGACCUGAGGGAUACGUUCGCAGCUUUAGGCCGCCUGAACGUCAAACAAGAGGAGCUCGACGAGAUGCUAAAGGAGGCUCCAGGACCCAUUAACUUCACCGUCUUCCUCACCAUGUUUGGGGAGAAGCUUAAAGGUGCCGAUGCAGAGGAAACCAUUCUGAAUGCCUUUAAAGUGUUCGACCCAGAGGGAAAGGGGACCUUGAGGAAGAAUUUGUACAGGGGUUGCGUAACGGCGUGUGACGUCAAAGCAGUCGUAAGACUUCAGUCGCGCGUCGCGGCCCUCGGCAGCAGCUCACGAACAGACACGCGAGCGGAGCGCGCAGCGAUGGGGCUCAGCGCGAGAAGACCCGGAUCGGCUUGGAUGUUCUGA